AUGAUAAAUAUACCUACAGCUGAUGCAAUUAUUAAUAUUGACAAAGCAUUUAUGCUUCAAUGCAUCGGCCAAUAUUCGGCGAAACUUAAAGAAGAAAUUGUUCACUCGGUGAUACCUCUUGAAGGCCUGUGCCUUGCGUCGUCUUCAACGGAUGUGUGUCAGUUCACUACAUUUAACGCAAGAAUCAACACAUUGGAAUUUGCGACUAUAUUACCAUCUCGUGACACCGUCAUUACUUUACCUCGAUAUGACAGUCAUCAAGUUUCCUAUUUAAUUCAAGAAGAUGUUAAGCGAAUUUUUAGAAUUCCUCGUACCGACACAGCAAUGUUAAAAAUGUACUCCAUUAUUCAUUACAUCAAUAAUCAAUUCCAUUGGACGAAUGAUAUCGAAAAUUCUGUACUUGAUUCAACCAAGAUUCCUCUUGCUAGCAAUCAAUCGAGCAUUCCACGCAUAUUACCAACUGCAUUUGCUCGCAUACUUACACAAAUGAGAAAUAAUAAAAUCGGAUUUGAUUACCUAACAAGCAAUCAACUAGCUUCGUUUUUGACUGCAGCCAUGUCUGCUAUCGACAAAUCUUAUCAAAUGGAAGAUCUCUCUGAAGCCCUUAACACUAUUUUACAACUUAUCGUAGGUCAAUUUAUGUAUAUUCAACGUUCAUGCUCAAUUAAUGAACAACCUAUGGGAACUAAUCAGCCAUGUCUUAUCGUUUCUACAUUAUUCUUGCGUUCGUCAAUUGCAAGUGACAAUGUCUUUUCAGUUUAUCGAUUGAAGCCAUUACCCGCAAUUGUUGAUGAUGAACAAUUCAUGUAUUCAAAUCUGCCUGCGAUAAUUGGCAUUAAUAAAGACAAUGAAACCGUGAUAUUUUGGAAUACUGUACCGAAGAAAAAUGAAUGUUUAUUUUCUAUUUUUGUUCAUUGCAAAACAAAUCCACCCAUCAUUAUAUCAUCACGUGUAUGCAUAUCAUGUAUCACGUGUACGAUCAAUUAUUUACAAUUCGACAAGAUACAAAUGAGAUAUUCAAAAUCUGGUGAUUACCAGUAUACAAAUUCUCGUCUACAAAUUAUAGGCCUUAAACCUCCGACAGUUUAUGAAAAACUAUCUGUGUAUGGCUAUAAAACUAAUCUGAUAUCAUAUGAAAAACUUGCUGAAAGAACAGUCGUGUGGUAUGUACUUCCCAUAGAUUUAACAUUAGUUAUUCCAUCUUACGAGGGAACCACCCGAGGUGCUAAAAAGCUUUUCGACUGGGGGUUUCAUGGUUCGAUAGGGCAUAGCUAG